UCCCGGUGCUAAGUUUCAUAUUGCUAAUAGUAUUGAAUACAUUAGAUAUUUUGUGUCCCAAAUACUUCAGUUUCAAUUACAUAAAUCUCUUUGUGGUUUCGGUCAAAAACAUGUCCCUCUCUAUGAGUGCGAUAUUGACGGCGACAAAGAGGCCGGAAAUAAAUUCAAAGAAAUAUUGUCAUUGGGUUCCUCCGAAAGAUGGUCUCACCAAUUGAAAAGACUGACAGGAAGUAUGGAAAUGGAUGUCAAACCACUGCUCGAGUAUUUCAAACCACUACAAGACUUUCUGGACCAACAAUUAGAGGGAGAAGAAAUUGGAUGGGAUUUUAAUUCGACGAUUACUUCUACUAAACAU